GAGAACUUCUGCAGUCCGCUGGUCGGGCUGUGCAAGAGAAUCAUAUUCGACUUGAACGAGAGCGAGCGAGCGUCUGUGCGUGCGUGUAUUAGUGUGUGCGUGCGUGUACCCUUCGUCCUGAACAUUUGAUUUGCAGAAUGGGUCCCAGCGGGCUGGCCUUCCUUCUGCUCGGGCUGAUCUGCUCGUCAUAUCUAGCAGCGUCCGAAACGAACGGUGAAUCUCUCAUAUACUCAAAUUCAAGAAAUGGCACAUCUAAUCCAAAUACAACAACGCCUAAUGGAACCAUAGCGCCUACCGGUCCAUCUAACGAAACAUUGCCGCCUCCCGUUUCAUCUAACGGAACUAUAGCACCUACCGGUCCAUCUAACGGAACAUUGCCACCUCCCGUUUCAUCUAACGGAACAUUGCCGCCUCCCGUUCUAUCUAACGGAACAUUGCCACCUCCCGUUCCAUCUAACGGAACAUUGCCACCUCCCGUUCCAUCUAACGGAACAAUAGCACCUACCGUGCCAUCUAACGGAACCAUAGCGCCUACCGUUCCAUCUAACGGAACAUUGCCACCUACUGUUCCAUCUAACGGAACAUCACCACCUACCGUGCCAUCUAACGGAACAUCGCUACCUACCGUUCCAUCUAAUGGAACAUCGCCACCUACCGUGCCAUCUAACGGAACAUUGCCACCUACCGUGCCAUCUAAUGGAACUAUAGCGCCUACUGUUCCAUCUAACGGAACAUUGCCACCUACUGUUCCAUCUAACGGAACAGCGCCACCUACUGUUCCAUCUAACGGAACAGCGCCACCUACCGUUCCAUCUAACGGAACAGCGCCACCUACCGUUCCAUCUAACGGAACAGCGCCACCUACCGUUCCAUCUAACGGAACAGCGCCACCUACCGUUCCAUCUAACGGAACAUCGCCACCUACCGUUCCAUCUAACGGAACAGCGCCACCUACCGUUCCAUCUAACGGAACAGCGCCACCUACUGUUCCAUCUAACGGAACCGCGGCACACCUACCGUUCCAUCUAACGGAACAGCGCCACCUACCGUUCCAUCUAACGGAACAGCGCCACCUACCGUUCCAUCUAACGGAACAGCGCCACCUACCGUUCCAUCUAACGAACAGCGCCACCUACCGUUCCAUCUAACGGACAAUCGCCACCUACCGUUCCAUCUAACGGAACCAUAGCUCCUACCGUUCCAUCUAACGGAACAUCGCCACCUACCGUUCCAUCUAACGGAACCAUAGCUCCUACCGUUCCAUCUAACGGAACAACAACGCCUACUGUCCCAUCUAACGGACAACAAACGCCUACUGUCCCAUCUAACGGAACAAACACCGACUACAA